GGCUGGGUAGCCGGCAGCCGGGUGCUCCGCGAGGCGGCAAAGGUGGGAGCGGUGGGAAAGGAGAUGUUCCUCGUGUCUGUGCUGGAGGCAGGAUGAAUCUCGUGUCUAUGGCGACAGAUCCUGAGUUGAAAUGGAUAACCCUGUGGGUCCGCAUCAGGUGGGCGGCUGUGCUUGUGCUCCUCUUGGGCUCGCUCGUCAUGCUGCUGCUCCCACUGGCUGCUGUGGAAGACCAGUGCCAUGCGGUGCUCAAAGGACUCUCCUUCCUGAAAAGUAAACUGGGCGCAGGCUCCUCGGGAGUCACCAGAUACACAGGACAAACAACUGGACUGAGUGUGACCUCCAAUGGGCUGGAGCUGCUGGUGUUGAAAGGCAAAGCUUCCCCAGAAGUGAAGUUAGAAGCCAAAGCAGCUCUGAAUCAAGCCCUCGAAAUGAAGCGCCAAGGAAAGCGGGAGAAAGCCCACAAACUCUUUGUGUACGCCCUCAAAAUGGACCCUGAUUACGUGGAUGCCCUGAAUGAAUUUGGUAUUUUUAAUGAAGAGGAGAAAGACAUUCUUCAAGCUGAUUAUCUGUACUCCAAAGCACUAACCAUCUCUCCCUGCAACGAGAAGGCUUUGAUCAAUCGGGACCGGACGCUACCUUUAGUUGAAGAGAUAGAUCAGAGGUAUUUUAGCAUUAUUGACAGCAAAGUUAAAAAAGUGAUGGCGAUCCCCAAAGGCAAUUCUGCCCUGCGCCGAGUGAUGGAGGAGUCCUAUUAUCACCACAUCUACCACACGGUUGCUAUUGAAGGGAACACCCUGACGUUGUCAGAAAUACGACACAUCAUUGAGACCAGAUACGCUGUUCCUGGAAAAAGCUUAGUAGAGCAGAAUGAGGUGAUUGGCAUGCACGCAGCUUUGAAAUACGUCAAUACCACGCUGGUAUCGCGCAUAGGCUCCGUAACCAUCAGUGACAUCUUGGAGAUACACCGGAGAGUGCUGGGCUAUGCCGACCCGGUAGAGGCAGGGCGCUUCAGGACUACUCAGGUGUUUGUGGGACAUCACAUACCACCACAUCCCCAGGACGUUGAGAAACAGAUGCAGGAGUUUGUGCAGUGGAUUAACUCGGAAGAUGCCAUGAGCUUGCACCCUGUGGAAUUUGCAGCGUUAGCCCACUACAAGUUGGUUUACAUCCAUCCAUUUGUAGAUGGCAACGGAAGGACCUCGCGCCUGUUAAUGAACCUCAUACUAAUGCAGGCAGGCUACCCGCCCAUCACAAUCCGCAAGGAGCAACGGGCCGAGUAUUAUCAUGUCUUAGAAGUAGCCAACGAGGGUGACGUCAGGCCUUUCAUACGCUUUAUUGCUAAGUGUACGGAGACAACGCUGGACAUGUUGCUCAUUGCCACCACAGAAUACUCCGUGGGCUUACCUGAAGCAGAUGGCAGCACUGCUGGGUGCAAACAAACUAUCCCUGUCAAGACUUGAGGGUUGUGGAUAUUCAGGAGCCAAUGGAACGCACAGAAGAACGGAAUGCCAAGCCACUCAGUGUUCCUGCUGGGAAAUAACUUGACAGGAGGUGUCACUCUUUAGCAUUUCAUUUAUUUAAAGUGUCUUACAUUUGAUUAAAUUAAUGUAAUUUAUUUAUAUACAUUAUGCCAAGCUGAAAUGUGAACUGUUGAUGUUGACUGUGUACUAUAACUUGCUUGUGCUGCUGGAAAGAGGUGGGUAGAGGUGUCAGAGGGGCUCAACAAGCUGAAGUAGAAUUUAAUUUCUCCUUAAAAUUAAGCUUUGAGAAGCUGCUUCAAUCACAACCCUUCACCUAGUCAGUCAACUGCAUUGUCAUACCUUGUCAAGGAGCUUGGUAGGCAAGACAAAGUCUUAACUGAGUUGUUGCUUUUGUGUUACCUCUUCCCUGCUGCUCAAAAAACCCCCCAAAACACAACCCUUGCAGUAACUGCAUUCUCUAAGUUAUGUUAAUAAGACUCUUUCCUGUCAGUCAUACAAAUUUGAGGUUACCAAUCAGCAAGGAGGCCAAACCCCAGUUCAACAAAGGCGUCUUUCCCCUCCCAUUUCUAUUUUCAGUAGCACUUUGCACAUUUACUUUCAGUUGCUUUUCCUAGGAUGAGUUUUGUACAAGGGGGAAGCAUUUGGUUGAAGAUUACAGAUGAAGUGACUGGCACAAGAGAAAUGCUCUCUGACUUAUUUCACUGAACUGUGAGGUACUUUUGCUAUCCUUCAGCCUGAAGGACUACCUAGUGCUCCAAGGCCUUGCCUUGGAGAUGGUCUGAACCCCAUCUCACCCAGCAGGAUCCCUGGGAAACAGCAACUGUCCUUAUGCAUUUCAGUUCAGGGCUUGAAAAGAGCUUGCUUCUGCAAAGCUGUGGGCAGGAAUGGUUAUCUUAUAUAACCAUGAGACAACCUACAUCAGUUGUGCCAAUUUGGUAAGAAUGCAUAUAGCAAGCUUGCCAAAAACUUAAGUUUCUUCAAUCUAUACAAGAGACCUUUUCACAAUUAAUUACUAGGUCAUUUAAUUGCUGUGAUAAAUCCAUCAAGAAUCACAAGGCCUUUUUGUGCUGCCGUGGCAGUUAGCGUAGAACCUGGAAGCUGCUGUGCAAUUCAAAGCAGCAUACCUUAUUUUUGCUUUUAAGGUAAAAGUACCUGCAGCCUAACAUAGGAGAACAGCUCCCUACACCCCUGCCUGGCAGUUGUGUAACAGCUUAAUUGUUCAGAAAACUUCAAUCCAGUUUAGAGUGCUGUUAAGCUUUAACCCUUUGCAAAACAGCAUCAGCUGUUAGACUGUCCCAGGCCAGUGUUCAGUUUCUUCCCUUCUAACUCUCUUUCACCUGUAAGGGAGUUAGGAUCAUUUUAUACAAGCAGAGAACAGGACAAGACUGGGAGUUAUCUAUAUGCUACAGCACCACUCCAUGCUUGUGUACCGAUUACUUCUGACAGGGAAAGCGAACAAUAAAUGAGGAAGGUUGUUCUGGCCUUACAAAGCGUGGUUAUUUUUCUCAUGCAAGGUGAGUAUAAAUAAAAUCUGCACUUUAGAACUUUGAGGAAAAAAUGUUAUUUUAGUAACAGAUUAAUAAACUAUUUUAAUAUUAAA